AUGUCAAAAUCUAUGGAGCUUCCGGAUUGUGUGUAUCCUAGGCCACCAUUUACAAUCCUACCAUGUGCUCCAACACCAAAGCAUUCUCUCCAUCUAUCCAAUCUUGACAACCAAAAGUUCCUGAGAUUCUCCAUUAAGUAUGUGUACCUCUUCAAGCAAUGUGUGAGCUUGGAUGUAUUGAAGUCUUCUCUGUCAAGAGUUUUGGUGGAUUACUACCCCUUAGCUGGGAGGUUGAGGAGGAGCAGCAUUUGUAAGGAGGAUGAUCACAAGCUAGAGGUAGAUUGCAAUGGAGAAGGUGCUGUGUUUGCUGAGGCUUUCAUGGAUGCCACUGCUGAACAAUUACUUGAACCCUGCAAGCUCCCAAACAAUUCAUGGAGGAAGCUCUAUUACAAGGUGGAAGCUCAGAGUUUCUUUGAUGUUCCUCCUCUUGUAAUCCAGGUGACAAGUCUCCGAUGCGGAGGGAUGAUCCUGUGCACGGCGAUCAACCACUGUCUAUGCGACGGCAUCGGCACGUCCCAAUUUCUACACGAUUGGGCCUAUCUCACUAAAGAGCCCAGCAACGAAUUACCAAUCACACCUUUCCAUGGACGACACGUGUUAAAUCCUCGAGACCCUCCCCAGGUGCACUUCACCCACGCGGGAUACACCAGAAUAAACUCCGCCUCUCAUCCAGUUGACCUGCAAAAGUGGAUGAUGAUGAUGCCCUCGCAGUCGCUGGUCGCCACGUCAUUCACAUUCGAACCCUCCGAGGUGCUUCGGUUAAAGAAACAGUGUGCUUCGUCGCCGAAGCGCAUCACCACCUUCAAAAUCGUGGCGGCACACACGUGGCGCGCGUGGGUUAAAUCACAGAAUCUCAGUCCCACUCUAACCGUGAAGCUCCUUUUCUCCGUCAACGUUAGAAAAAAGGUUAACUUCCCCGAUGGAUAUUAUGGGAACGGGUUUGUUCUAGCAUGCGCCGAGAGCACCGUGAGAGAUUUGGUAACAGUUAAUAACGAUAAUAAUAAAGGUGAUAGUGAUAUUAGUCACGGUUUGAAAGUGUUACAACAAGCUAAGGCUAGUUUGGAUGAGGAAGGGUAUAUAAGGUCGAUGGUUGAUUUGUUGGAGGACAAAAUGGUGGGUGUUGAUCUUUCUACGAGUUUGGUUAUAUCGCAAUGGUCAAGGCUAGGGUUGGAGGAUGUGGAUUUCGGAUUAGGAAAACCCUUGUACAUGGGUCCUUUAACAAGCUCUAUUUAUUGUUUGUUUUUACCGGUGGUUGGUGAUGCUAAUGCGGUGAGAGUGCUUUUGUCGGUUCCGGAAAGUGUUGUGGAAAGUUUUCGUUACCAUAUGGUGGUGAAAGUGAAUGAGAUAGAACAUGAGAAUGGUGGUGUUAACCCAAAAGGUUAUCAAAAACAAUGA